AAACAAUAAUAUAAAGGUCACAGAUAUCAAAGAGGGAUCUCAUCAUCUCUCUCACUCUUUCUCUCAAGAAGAGCCAAAGAUCGAGAUGAAGCUUAGAGCAGGAACUCAUGAGCUUCCCUUCACGAAACCACCAAAGGUUGUUCUUCUCGUGACCAUCCCCUUCAUCCUCCUCACACUCAUCUCCAUCUGCCACCCUUUCAAAUAUUGGCAGCCCAAUACUUACCUCAAGUCCAUCACCUUAUCUUCCGUUAAUAAUCCCGAUCCUCCCUCCUCUUCUUCUUCGUCCGUCUCGCGAGUUAUCGUCAGUGGCAAUAAUGCCGACACCCGCACCGUCGUGGAUGCAGCUAGUGCUGGAGAGUGCGACAUAUUCUCAGGGGAGUGGGUGCCCAACCGGAGGGCCCCGUACUACACGAACCAGACGUGCUGGGCGAUCCACGAGCACCAGAACUGCAUGAAGUACGGGCGGCCCGACACCGACUUCAUGAGGUGGAGGUGGAAGCCGUUCGGGUGUGAGCUGCCGCUGUUCAACCCGGCCCAGUUCUUGGAGCUUGUUAGGGGCAAGUCCUUGGCCUUUGUUGGUGACUCUGUGGCCCGGAACCAAAUGCAGUCCCUCAUUUGCCUCCUCUCAAGGGUGGAAUACCCUAUAGAUGCUUCAUACACACCCGACGAGCAUUUCAAGCGAUGGAAGUACGUGACAUACAACUUCACCCUCGCGAUCUUCACCUCUCCGCACUUGGUGAAAGCAAAGGAGGCGGAUGCGGACGGUCCGACCCACACAGGACUCUUCAACCUGUACCUGGAUGAGUUCGAUGAGCAGUGGACGACCCAGAUAGACGAAUUCGACUACCUGAUCGUCUCCGCAGGCCACUGGUUCUUCCGGCCGCUCGUCUUCUAUGAGAAACAACGGCAAGUCGGGUGCCAUUUCUGCAGGCUCGAGAACGUGCCAGACCUCACAAAGUUCUAUGGCUUCAGAAAGGCAUUUAGGACUGCUUUCAGUGCCAUCAACAGCAGAAAGAAUUACAAGGGCAUAACGUACUUUAGGACUUUCGCCCCGUCACACUUCGAGGGCGGGCUGUGGAACGAGGGAGGGAACUGCGUGAGGACGAGGCCGUUUUUGAGCAAUGAGACCACCUUAGGCGGCGACGAUAUGGAGCUCUACCUGAUCCAAAUAGAAGAAUUCCAGAAGGCGGAAAGGGAAGGGAGGAAGAGAGGGCUGAAGUAUAGGUUACUCGACACGACUCAGGCUAUGCUUCUGAGGCCUGACGGACACCCGAGCAGGUACGGGCAUUGGCCCGAAGAGAAGGUCGUGCUGUAUAACGACUGCGUCCACUGGUGCCUGCCGGGGCCGAUCGAUGCUUGGAGCGAUUUCUUGCUGGAGAUGUUGAAGACCGAGGGACGGAGAUCGAGGGAGGAGAAGCUGAGUUCUAGUGACAAGAGAUUAAGGGCAAUAUAGUUUUGUUCAAAUAAAUGUGCAUAUCGGCCACGGCUUAUCGUGUCGUAUUUGUUAUAUCUUCUUCAUCUUCCAUUGGUAUUCAUCAUUAUGUGGGCGAUGCAAAUUGCAAGUUUUUUUUUUUUUUCGUUUGCGGUAGCAGACGCAAAUUGUAAGUUGAUAAAUUCAUACGUUCUCCCGGCCGGGACUGAGGAUGAGAUUCGUAUACAAGCAGUUUGAUCAUGGAAA